AUGGUCAAUUUCUUUCGUGGCAACCGCCGCAAUGCUGCCGAUCGGAAUGCAACUCCCCCCGACAGUGCAACCUUUCUGCAGCAAUCGCAGACGCUCAUACCGGCCGAAGUUCGAAUGUUUAGUGGUUGUGAAGACGAUCAAACCUCUGCCGAUGUCUGUGGAAGUAUCAGUAAACUCCCCAACCCAAAGGGCCGUGCAGGAGGCGCUUGUACAUCUGCCUUAUUGGAGAUUCUCCACGCUAGCAAGGAGGAACCCCACAAGAUGUCCUUUCAACAAGUGCUGACGCAACUACGCGACAAACUACAACGACAGGGACACUCUCAGAUUCCUCAAUUAACCAGUUCUCGGCCAUUGGAUCUAGAUGACACUCCCUUUUCCUUGAUUGGAAGUCCCACCGGAGCUAGACGUGCGUUAUUGGUGGGAAUCAACUAUGUGGGUCAAAACGGCCAGCUAAGAGGUUGCCACAAUGAUGUCCUGCACAUGCAGGAUUAUCUGAUCCAUGUUCAUGGAUUCCCACCACGAGAUAUUCUGGUUCUUAUGGACGACCACGGUGCCAAGCAUCAUGCACCCACCCGAGAAAAAAUCGUUCGAGCCCUUCGCCAUUUGGUGUCGGUCAGUCAACCAGGCGAUGCCGUCUUUUUCCACUACAGUGGCCACGGUGGAUAUCUGUCACCGGACUUUAACUCCUUCAAAACGCAACAAAAGGACUACGACCAGACCCUCAUUCCGUUGGAUCAUUCCAGAGCUGGACAGAUUCGAGAUUUCUCGCUCUUUCAUCAUUUUGUGCAACCCAUGAAAGCCGGUGUGAUUGUCACCUGCUUGAUCGACGCCUGUCAUUCGGGGAGUGUGCUAGAUUUGCCAUACUCCUUUCGACCCACCAAUACUGGACGUGGAUCGUAUGCCAUGCAAGAGAAUCUAUCCAUGAUGAGCAAUCUGGCAUUCUUGUACAUGCUGGCAGGAGGUAUCCUUCCACACCACAACGGUUUGUUUGAUUCGGUAACGGAUCAUUUGCAAAAUACGGUGGAUGGUGACUUGAGUGACUACCAAGGAAUGAUGGGAGAUGCGUUGGUACAAGACACGGAAUCCGCGUAUGAUCCUACUGGCCUUGCAAAUGCAUCCUUGGACAUUGCUGGAUCCAAUGAUGUGGGCGAAUUGGAAGACGUGGAUAUUGGAGAUGCUCUAGGAGGUAAUGAUUGGGCAGAUGGUGCUGCAGAGGCAGGAGGCUACGGUGAUGUGGUGGAUGCUGAGGAUGUUACACGCGAUUUUGGCGGAGCGGACUAUGCUGCCGAUGCUGGUUAUGGUGGCAUUGUUGAGAGCCCCGUUGCCUAUGAUGCCUUUGGAGGAGGACAAGACGCCAUGGACGGAGAUGACGGUUGUGGAGAUGACGGUUGUGGAGACGAGGGUUGUGGUGAUAUACUCUCGUCAUUGGCAGACUGCCUGAAUGACCAAUAACCGAUGCUGUACUCCGGAAAGUGAGAAGAUUGCUUGUCUUGAUUGGUGGUUUCCUCCGAGUCGCUCCAGUGAGAACAUUGAACCUUAGAUUUGCAGUGCACCGCACGACCUUACCAUACACGGGAUGACGAGGGAGACGAACCAAACAUACAACGUUUUGAUGUUUCUACGUCUUCCCCAGUCCUUGCCUUGCUUGGUAUUUAUUUUUAGAACCAAGUCAGUGAAAGCGAAACGCAUGCUUAGGAAGCUUGCGUACGAGCAAUCCCACUGCUCAUGGUAACAAAAAGUAACACCCUGAUUUUGAGUAUGAUGCUUCUAGCUAGAGCUAGGUAAGGGAUACUGUCGCGUAGGCUCGAUCUUGUCAUAGCCAGA